ACUUUAAUAACUACUUUAUAUCAAGAAAUCUGUUCUCUUCACAGUUUUUUUAUUGGAACUGAAAAAAUACGUUGUAUUCGUGCAUGUAUGUUGGUGUGAUAUGAGAAGGGCUUCUCUUAGGAAGACAUGUCCAAACACAUUGGGGUCCCGCUUCGCCUUCUGCUUCCAACUGCUGACAAGUGGGAUGUAAUGAAAGACAAGGCACGCGUUUUCAAUUGCAAUGAGGGGUUGCUGCAGUUUCAUUGUGUUGCGAUGCCCAAAGAUGCAUACAUACGAGCUCAGUAGAUGAAGUGCUUCGGCGUCUUAUCACAUCAUCACACGGCAGACAAACAAACAAUAAACAUACAUAUACAUAUUCAGACACACAUUUGGAAUUGCCGGUUCUUUGAGUCGCCUGUUUUACUCCAAUUGAUAAUUUCCGUUCUUCAAUUUAAACAAGGCAAAAGAAAAACAAACAGCCUGAGUUUGUGUGUUUGAGCGGGAGAGAAAGAGAUUGACUCAAAGCCUUGCUUUAACGCUGGUUGUUGUACUUGGUGGUUGCUGUUGUGGAAUGUAGAGAGCGGCACAGACGAAAAACGGGGGAAACGAACUCUACACUGAGUGAAUGCCAACUUGUGCUGCUCUUUCAAUCUGCUUGAGCUAGUGACUAGAAGUUAAGAGCACGAACCGACGCUCUCCACAGGCAGAGUGAGAGAGAGAGUCACAUCCGAUUCAUAUUCAUAUUCUCAGUCAGUCUCAGUCAGUUGUCGCUCGCAGCGGUUGGUUGUCUUUGGGAAUUUGUGCGCUUGCUGUAUAAAUGCAAACAAAAAUUGUUUAGCUAAUAAGCAAUAUUAUCUCGUGUAUGUUCGGUAUACUAUGUGAAACGAUCUGAUACCUGUGGGUAUAGCUUUAGUUGCAUUUUAUGCGGAAACCUUAAACGUGUACUGGACUUUACAAAGAAAUAAAAGUGAAGAAAGAGAAACUAGCAUGCAAGUCAUGAUCUUGGCUCGUAACCGGCAUCAGCCACAGCUUUGAUGACGCAUUUGAUUACGAGUUGAGUUCGAAUACGUGUAUCUGUGUCAGUGCCAGUGUCUGUGUCUGCGUCUGUAGGUGUCUCUGUAGGUGUGUCGGAGUUGAGCUGAGUAUUUGUGCAUGAUGCUCGUAUUUAUGCUUGGCGCGCAAAUUUUGCCCUACCUGGCGAGAGGCAGCUGCCUUCUGCUAGCCCUGCUGUCCACCCUACUAGCCGUUGCCGUAUCCGCUCAUGUGGCCAAUAACAGCUCAAUGCAAGCGGCAGUGCCAGCCGCUAACGAUCCUAACCUGGUACUGGUGAACAAAUGCUGUGAGAAGUUUGAGAUACACGUCAACAAUACGUGUCAGCAGGUCAACCAGACGGACUAUUUCGAGCCGAUGUUCACCAGCUACAGUGGCGAUCAGAACAGACCGGUGGCCCAUUUUAAGUUCGUUAUAGGCCUGCCCAACUGUGGCACUAAACAGAUGUGGCCGGUUCUGGACUACACAGGCAGCUACGACAAGUUGGUCCUGUUAGAUGACGGCAAACUGAGACACUAUACAAAUACGGAGGAUAAGGCUGACGAGCAGCGCGGCGUGCAAACCGACUACGAUGAAGAUUUGGCUGAGGCGCAUAAGCCGCGUUUCUAUGACUAUGAGCAGGGCCAAUACUGCCUCGAUAAGGCUAUUUCGCCUCAACAUAAACACAGCCUUUUCGCGCACAUUUGUUUAGCCAAGAAGGAGAACAAUUGGAAUGACUCGAACUUCUUAUUGCGCAAAAUACUCAAUCCACUAUUCCAUGGCAUAUCUCUGAUUAUCUUGCUUAUCAUCGCUAUUGUCUAUUUCAUACUGCCCACGCUAAGAGAUCUGGUUGGAAAUAUAGUGACUACGAUAGCAAUGUGCCUGAUGGUCAGUCAGGCGGCAGACCUGGUCUGCAUAUUUACAGACUUCACCAAUCACGUCAGCUUCAUUGUGGCUGACAUAAUACUGUGGUUCAGCCUGUUGGCCGCAUUCUUCUGGCUGAAUAGUUUCGGCUAUUACAUAUGGAAAACAUUUCGGUCGAGGAAUGUCUUUUUACGCGUCACCGAUGGGCGUAAAUAUUGUUAUUACUCGGUCUAUGCCUGGGGCUGCACAGCCACAAUGGCUGUGCUAGCAGUCUUUGCCCACUUCUUUCUAGACGCAGACUCGUACAAGAAAGAGAACAUGCGCGGCGAGCAGCAAACAAUUGGCUGGCUUGGAAUUUGCAUUUUCUUUGCGCCCAUUGCAUGCACCAUUAUAGUAAACAUCUUCUUUUAUGUGACCACACGGAAGCUGAUCAAUCGUCGCACCGUCUACGGACGAAUUGCACACAAGCUGAAGGCCAACUUUAUUAUGUUCUUCCUAAUGCUGUUAGUGAUGUCAUUUGCUUGGCUGUUUCUGACCAUGUCAUGGCUUGCUUUGGACGGUCUAGUCUAUGCACACAUCAUAGUGAAUGCAUUCCAGGCGCCCCUGUUGCUCUAUAUAUGCGUGCUAAGGCAGCGCCACGUGACUUAUCUGUUGAAGAAGUCUUGCUGCUACAAUGAGCCGCCAUCGGCGAAUGAUUGGGGUGAUGAAAUGCACUAUAUGAAUGGAAACGAAUAUUGAAAGCCCACCAUCCAAGCUCGUAAGCCAAGUUAUAGUUGAGUCUGGGCCUUAGUCUAUCAUCAACUAAUUGUAAGAACUACUCGUAGCUAUGCUAAGUGUUUUUGUAGUUUAACACAAUGUAAAACAUUGAGAAUUGUACUUAAAGCUAAUUUAUACAAGAAGAAAUUAAACAAAGUCUGAU